GCUGUUAGUACACCCACGGCUUUCGGAUGUAUUCCAAUGCAAAUAUCUUGGCGGAGCUGUCGUACAAUUGCGCAGAUGUGAGAUAGCAUGCAAGAGUGUUUAGUCGUCUCUCGUCCAACAUUAUCUUCAUUCAAUAAGUUGACAGAUAGUGCAGUCAAACUCUGUCGUUCUUUGAAUAACUUGUCCUGCAGUCGUUAGGUACAUCCAGCACUUUGUCUUUUAUCAGUUCUCAAAUCAGAUCCACACUUGAACUCAAGACCUGUCAUCCUCAAAGCGCGUCCCCCGGGAACUCUGGAGUGGACAAACAUUUUCUUUGCAAAAAUCUGACAGAUAUUAUAGAGAGAUAUAACUUGUUAUACACGCUCUAUGUCAUUUCUUAUAUUUUGUCAAAAACAAGCGAUACAAUGGAUUUCUCAUUCUGCCGCCUAAUAUGUAUUGUGAUGGCAAUCGCUCUGUUCAAUCAAAGGGUAGAUUCCAACAAGAUUCUAGGGCUGAAGAUCCCUAAUAUCGACCCCAUUCUCAACGCUAACACUGUGUGCUUGACCCUGCCUGGACUGAACCACAGACAACUAGAAGUGUGCAUGAGAAACCCCGACGUCACUGCCUCAGCCAUCCAAGGGAUCCAGAUCGCCAUCCAUGAGUGCCAGCACCAGUUCAGAGGACACAGGUGGAAUUGCUCCAGCCUGGAGACCAGGAACAAGAUCCCAUACGAUAGUGUGGUUUUCAAACGAGGUUUCCGAGAGAGUGCCUUUGCGUACGCCAUCGCGGCGGCGGGCGUGGUCCACGCCGUGUCCAAUGCCUGCUCCAUGGGGAAGCUGAAGGCGUGCGGCUGCGACGAGAGGCGGAGAGGCGACGAGGAGGCUUUCCGCAUCAAACUGAACCGGUUGCAGCUGGAGGCCAUCCACCGGGGGAAGGGCAUGGUGCACGGAGUCAUGGAGCACUUCCCUGCAGACCUGCCCGGGCCUCAGGACUCCUGGGAGUGGGGAGGCUGCAGCCCCGACGUGGACUUUGGGGAGAAGUUCUCCAGGGACUUCCUGGACUCGCGCGAGACAUACAAGGACAUCCAUGCCAGGAUGAGGCUCCACAACAACAGAGUUGGCAGGCAGGUGGUGAUGAACCACAUGAGACGGAAAUGCAAAUGCCACGGGACAUCAGGAAGCUGCCAGCUGAAGACCUGCUGGCAAGUCACACCGGAGUUCAGGGUGGUAGGCUCGCUGCUCAAGGAGCGUUUCCACAUAGCCACCCUCAUCAAAGCCCACAACAGGAACACGGGCCAGCUGGAGCACGCCCACCACCCCACACACAGACGACUCAACGAGCUGGUCUACUUUGAGAAGUCCCCGGACUUCUGCGAGAGGGAUCUGCGUUCCGACUCGGCCGGAACGCAUGGGAGGAUCUGUAACAAGACGAGUCCAGAGAUGGACAACUGUGAAAGCCUCUGCUGCGGGCGAGGCCAUAACAUCUUACAGCAGACCCGAAGUGAACGAUGCAACUGCAAGUUCCACUGGUGCUGUUACGUGGUCUGCGAAGAGUGUCGAAUAACAGAGUGGGUCAGUGUCUGCAAAUGAAGAAAUGCAGAAAUUAAAUAAUAUACCUUUUUUUAACAGAGAAAGACUGCAAUACACCCCUUCCCUUUGCAAUGGACUGCCAUUUUCAUUAGUAGAAUGGAUCGCACGAAACAAGACUGGAAUAUAGCCAGUUCAAAGAGGUGUACAAUCAAUGUGUGCACAGCAUGUGUCCAACCACCAUAGUUCAGAGACUCUGGAUCUGCACUGCCUUUCAUCUCAGAAAGUGUUUUUAGGAUAAAUUAGAUUAAAGAUAGUGAAAUACUAUGGAUAAUAUUGAUAACUGAGCACUCAUUUAUUUAAACAAGGGUUCCGAAAAUGACAAAUGGCUGAUUUUGUUAUCUCUAGAGGUAAAACAACUGCAUGGGAUUCCGGUAAUUUAAGAAGAAGAAGACAAGCAUCAGUUGGGAAAAGCUAGAGAUUGUUCCAGAAUGUUACAUCUGCUCUUGCUAUACUCAGAGAGACAGGUUAACCAUGUUAACUCAUUUGGAUUGUUUAGUAAUGUUUCAGGUUACAAAAUGUGGCAAUUCAAUAUGUCAAUCUGCAAAAUGGCUACCUUGUCCCUCACAACAGUAUAUUUGUCCAUACUGGUAAAAAGACAGGAAAUGUGGACUAGAGUGUUGACUGUUGCGGGUGUUCUCUUGCAAGGAUGGAGUUGUGAAGACAGAGGAUCAGAUGAUCAAGUGAUAGAGACAUGAGUAGUUAUACAGAAUGAACAUGAGAAACAGCCUGAGGGCAAUGGUGGAAGGCUAAAACAAUGAAAAGACUGGGCCAGAUGGUCUGUGCAAAUUCUGGUCAUCUAUAGCCCUGCCUUCACACUGUUAAGAUAUAGUCAAGGUAAUAAAGCACUACCGCUAUCUCAUAAGUUUGACUCAAUGGACAGUUAGAAAUUUGCUGGGGUGUGGUCCAAAAUAGGGUAUGGGUGUUUUUUUAUUGGGCACAGGUGAGGGUAUAGUGCGUUUUUUCACUGGUUUACAUUCGCCCUUUUGCAGGUUUUACUAUAUAAUUUCUUCCAUCCUAGCCAAAUGUCCUCAUCUGCUUGCAGGUGCCUCCCCUAUCAAGGUGUUUUGGUACUUCCCUUAUGCACUGCGCUUUUCCGCAUGUUAACUAUACCACAGGUCAAUAUAGUCUACCAGUCUAACUGUCUAUCCUGCUAUCUAUCCAACAUUCAUAGUGAUAAUAGUGGUAGGUGGAUCAUUUGUAGGUUGACGUGUAUUUUCAUGAGUCUUGUCCUGAAGGCAGAAUUGAGCGAUUUCCCCUUAGAU